AUUUUUUCCUUCUCUUUUCUCUGGACAGGGAGGACUCGAAUCGGAUCGGAUGAUGCUGUUCUCCCUCAUGACGGCUGUCGUCUCCUUUCUCCUCUGCAUCGCGAUUUCGCUCGCCCUUCCAGGUGCGACGACGUCGCCGACGACCUCGAGGCGACAGCGGCACAGCGGUAACACUGCGCCUCAUUUUGACAACUCCACCGCCGACGUGGUCAUCGCACCGGUCGGAUCUACUGCUACUCUCCACUGCAAAGUCAAGAACGUCGGGCAACAGCAGCACCUGUCGUGGGUUCGAACGCGAGACUACCACAUAAUAGCGACGGGGAAAUAUGUGUACACGAACGACGAGCGGUUCUCGGUGCUCCGACAAGGCCGAUCGGAGGACUGGGCCCUUCAGAUCAGAUUCGUCUCUCUGGCUGACAACGGCACCUACAAAUGUCAGGUGUCGACGUCGCGAGGAGCAGUGGCGAAGGAGGUGGAGUUGAAGGUGGUGGAAUCCGAGGCUGAGAUCCAGGGUCCUCGCACAUACCACGUCGACAAGGGCUCUACCAUCUCGCUUCUCUGCCUCAUCAAACAGAUGCCGGAGAAGCCAGAGUACGUAUUCUGGUAUCACAAUGAGGACAUGAUCAGCUUCGAGAGGGAACGACAGGGGUUCCGUGUGGAGGUGGAUGGGGAACGGGGGAACAUCACCUCCAGGCUCACGAUCCAAAAUGCACGCAGCACGGAUUCCGGCAAUUACACCUGCAAGGCUGCUCACUCGAAAGCCGCCAGCGUGAACGUCUUCGUUUCUCCUGGUCUGUCCCCUCUCUUUCACUCGAACUUCCACAAACUUCCUCUCAAUUUUCACUUCACGAGAAGGGAACCAACCUUUUACAAGACUGAUCUACCUUUUUCGUUGCAUCCAUAUGAUUUCAUGCACUCGUCUUACAUCGUGCGGUUUAGUCGCACGGGUAUCCGCAAUCAGCGGUUGCAAUAAACCGAUACGUAAUUCUUGAAAGGGAUUUGGAACUGGAGCAUGCAGAAGCCACGAGUCUCGGACGGAGGAGCACGAAAGCCGACUCGCUUUUUCUAUUCCUAGAACUCAAGGCAGAAUCUCCGAGGUCUUUCACUUGAAAAAUGAAGGGGAUUCCGCCUUCCGAGGUCUGAGAUUGGUAUGCAAGUCGGACGUUGUUUUUCUAACAGAUUGAGGAGGAAGAUCCGAGUCGCAGUAUGGAGUCUAUAGUGUAUAUUGCACCCUGCACAGAAGAGUGGAAAAUUGUCUUCCCUCUCAUCGUUCUCCCUGCAUGCAACCGAGGACUAUGAUAAUGAUGAUGAUGGAUUCCAUUUCCGCAUCUAAUGAAACGAGGGAUUCAUGCCUCGAGAGAUAGGGCGCCGCUGCCUGACAUUGAAAGCUCAAAUUAUUCAU